AUGGGACCAGAGUCUGACUCGGACUAUCGACCGUCUUCGCCUCUAUCUGAACCCCCCAUAGAAGAAGGUCGUCUACAAGUUUCCAACCUACCGGAUGUGCCCCAUCAGAUGUACGACACCGUACGGGGUCGCCAAACUCGCCAGGCUCCGAUACAAACCAAGCAGGGCGAAAGGAUCGCAUCAGUCAAGUCACAUUCUCCCCAUCUAUUCGGCAAGAAGGUAGAAACGAUAGAAGUGGCCAGUCACAACGCCACGAUGCGCAAUUUUGCACUCAGCAAUGAUCUCAAACAUCCUAUCAAUGCGGAGGAUUUACUGCAUAUAUUGAAAGUUCAACUAGACGAGAACCUUGACAAAGAUUGCACGCCUUUUGGAACAUGCGGGUCAUACGGUGCGCUACUUAAACUUACAUGCGUCGCUUAUGAUUAUACAGUCGUUGGAAAGGGAACGACUGCCGGACACUGGGAGCAAGUCUAA